AUGUGGCGGCGCGGUUUGGUCCACCCGAGAGACGCCGAGGCGUGGAAAACCGCCUUCAUCGACAUUGAGGGUGGUGGCCAAGGACAGCUGGUUGUUUCGGCGGCAGAUGAUACCUGGCGAGUGAUCCUCUGCUGGGCAUCAGCUGGCAGGAGGAUCGAAGUCGAUCCCCGAGGCAUCCCGUUCUCUCUCGUGGACCUUCAGGGUUCGCCUGUACAAAACAAGAACGCUCUUGACGGCGGGAACUACUUCCGCAACCUGUAUUCGAUCCUGCUGGAGCGAGACAUCGGGGAAGAAGAGUUCGACACAUGGGUUUCGGGGGAUACUAAACCACCUCCACUGACGUUACGCCAUCUCCACAAAUGGCUCAAUACGACCAAGGCUAACGUCGUUGUGUGGUCACACAGGGGCACUGGCGCCGAUGUUGCUGGGCCAUGUGACGAGAAAACGAAUCUCCGACCGCCCACAUUGCACGUUGGGGUUCGUGAAGGACACGUUUACCGGCUGGUGCUCGUGGGGCCUUGGAGGGAGCGGUUUGGAUCACCUAUAGACGUGACCAUCGAAAACGGCAUUCGAACCCACCGUAGAUUCCGUCGAAUUGCCGAGACGACCGAAGAGGAAGAGGAACCGGAUAGGACUGGUUGUGGAACCAAGACAUUCUCGUGUGUCGCUGACAUUGUGAGUGACAUCCUGGCCAACAAUCAAACAGAGGAGGAAGACCACCACCAAGAGAUGGCGCAGAAAAAGCGGAAGCGUGAAAAAGCAUCAGAGCCUAAGACGUGGUAUGCACCGCCGGGAACGGCUCUUGACAAACUGAUGCUCCACCUGCACCUCGUUGGAGUCUCUUGCAGCGGUAGGCUUUCCAACUACAGCCACUGGGACUCCCUGUCGUUACCGGCACACGGUAUAACCAUCCGAACCUGGUGCAGUGCGAGCAUGGGCGGGCUCGACCCUGAUGAGUUCGAGCCCGACCAGGCGACAAGAUUGAUCGAGCUGCAUAAUGCGCUGGGUCUAAAGUUCUACCGUGGUGUUUUGGAUUUUCGAGUGUCGAGCCAGUACAGCCAGUCUCUUCUCGCCCUCCUUGAGGUAUGCUGGCGAGGGCCUAUCGUCGGGGCGGAGGAUGUGUCCGGGAGUUCAUACGGGAGGGAAGACUGGCAGUGUGACAUCAACGGGGCACACACGGCGGCUCUGAUGAACAUGGAGACGGUGCCCGUUUUCGGCCACAUGGACGAAGUGGAGGAGUUCGAUGGACACGAUAUUGAGGAUUGGACCCUGUACAUUAUAGAAUUGGACGCGCUCGACGAGCCAGACGUUUUCCUUAACGCGGAUGUGACGCCAGUCUUCGGUCGAAACUAUAAGCGAUACCUCGACCUCAUCGACACCGCGCCUCGUCAUAGAGUCACCCACUUCGUGCGGCCCUCGAGGACCGUCGGCAGGUGCCACAUUCCCACCCUGGUGAGAGACCUGCUCGAGCAUGAGCUGGGUGAUCCACUCCUCGAGGAUGCCGACUGUGCACGCAAGUUCAAGAAAGGGAUAUUCGUGCGAGCCAGCGGCAUGUUGCAGCAGAGAUACGCAAACAGGAUAGAUGCCGUCAUGGUCACGAGCUGUGACGAGGCUUCGGCUGUGGGUGGAAAAGUCGUCCCUGUCCUGUGCGAGGUCGAUCGCGCGAAGGCCGAGCUUCGGACGGGACAAGGGGAGCUUGGAAUCGAGGCACUUCGCACCGGUGAUGCAUACCUUUGUUUCGACGCAGAACGGACUUGGUAUAGAGAUGGCUUCUGGGCGUUAGGUGCGCUCAUUCUCGACGAAACUCGAUUGCGAGUGUUGGAGGCGAGGAACGCUCUCGAAUCGUGCGGCGCGUCCGACUUUAGUUACCAGUGUGACGCAGUCUUCUUCAGGGGACCUUGCUCGGUUCGGGAGGAGAUGAGACUCUGCUUCGGCCAUUUGUUUAGCGGCGACAAAAAAACUCCCGGCACUCUCAAGUUCGAACCAGCCUUAAAGAACCCGCUGUGUGGCGAGAGGAGGGUGUUCGAAGGCAUCGAGGUCAAGCUAUCACUUGAUACGUUACCACCAGCCAUGAGGCAAAUUCCUUGCCCACCGAAGCCCCAUCUGCAGGUCAUUCCUCUGUGGGGUGGCGUCGGCGCCGGCUUCAGUUCGAUGGGAGACGCGCACAACGCCUGGUGUUCUCUCGAGAAAAGCACCAAGCGCAAUCUGUGGCCGGAAAUAUGCGAGGCCGAGUCACCUUCGAAACUAGAAAGUUUACUCCGCGGCUUGUUGUCUCAGCAAGCUUCAAGAGUGGUGUGUGCGGUGACCGGGGAACACGGAGGGGCGGGGAAGAGUUAUUGUGCCUUCCGCGCUGCGAAGAAAAUCUUUAAGACGGGGCUGGUCGUGACCCCCACCAAUAGUCUGAGAACGUCCUUUACAGACAUGCCAUCCGGAUGGAGUGUAAAGACCGCCGAUCACCAGCUCGGUUUCUAUCUAGGUAAUGAUUCAGAAAUGAGGAAGACGGCGGGGUCGAUACGAACGCUCAAGGUCGACGUAAUCAUCAUUGAAGAAGCUGCUUAUAUGCCUCUGCGGACCUUAAGCAUGAUCCUGGCCGCUGCUCGUUGUAGCGGUACCCACGUGAUCGGGACGUACGACACGCACCAACUCCAGCCCGUUUGUGAGAGCAGUGGCAUGUCGAUUAGCAGCGACAACGUCGACAGGAAAGUCAUCCUCGAAAAAGCCUUCCCCACAUGUUUUCACGUCUUCGCGCGCAAGCGGGAUAAAACUACCGAAGAACAAGUGGAGAUGGACGACGGUCUCUUGUACAUUCUGGCCGCAGGAAACAACAGUCAAGAGGCGCAGACUCGAGCCAUCGAGAGGUUUGGUCGUGAAUGUCCAACGGGCAACGAUCCUAGCCCUUCAGAAUUUCACCUCGCUUACACUAGAGACUGCGCUCGAUUCCACGCCUUUCGAGGUUUGCCGGGGUGCAACGCACCUGGUGGCUGGGAUGCGCUGGGGCGUACAACGGUUAUCGGUGCACAAUACCGGGACCUCGGGAACCUGGGCAAGAUUCACAAGAAUCACACCUACAACAUCGUUCGAUCCUCAGCAGAUGAGAUCGUUGUCGCGAGCGCAUUUGACUGUGCCGUCAGUCUGGAGGAGACGUCACUUUGUAGAGCGGUGGCAGAAAACUUGUUCGACCCCCCGGGAUCAUGCACGGUACACGCCGUCCAAGGCCGUACGGUGGAAGGGAGGCUGAUCAUACACCAGGCUCGACACCGUCACGCUGACGUGCACUGGCUUUACACGGCGGUCAGUCGAGCGACCGGACCGUCGAACGUUUGGGUCAUCGACGAUGCUCACCGCCGCGAUAGCAACAUGUCCGACCGAGAGAGGGCUUCGUGGGUUUCUAGGAAGGUUUCCAGUUAUAUCUACGCCGACAUUGCGUCCGGGCGUCUUGGAUCUGAUGAGGGGGGACAGCAUAGAGAAGCUCUCGCCCAAGAACUACACCGCGCCUAUCGGGGGACGUGCAACUUGUGUCACCAUGAACUUGUCUGGGCCGUUUACAGCGAACGCCAGCCGACUCUAGACCGUCUUGACUGCGCUUUGCCUCACACGAUCGGUAAUGUGGACGUGAAGUGCUUGAAGUGCAACCGAGCCAGAGGAAGUCUGGGGAGGGGGAAGUCAAAGAAGAGGAAGACAAGUUGA